CCCGGCUCUCUGCCGGCAGCGCCGGCGGAGCGGGGACACGCCGGGCCAUGGCGGAGCGGAACAGCACCCGCGCCCCGCGGACGGGACGCAGCGGGGCGGGCGGGCGCGCCGUGCCCGGAGCAGGGCCGGAGGGGCCGCCGGGACGCCGCGCCGCCGCGCCGGGGCUGCUGCAGUGCCGUCGCUGCCGGUACCUGUGCACGGGCAGGGCCUGCUGCCAGAUGGUGGAAGCGCUGCUGGCUGUGCUGGUCCUGGUCUGCAGCUCCGUGUCCUGCAGCUCGACGGGAGGCUACACCGGCCUGCCCAGCCUGGGGGGCAUCUACUACUACCAUGUUCUGCAAGUAGCUUUUGCAUGGAAGGCCGAUGAGUGAAGUCGCACACAGAGCUCAAUGAAGGAGAACCUAGAGCACAGCUACUGCUCGCCACAGCUAUGCUUGACUGGGAUAUUGCACAAAUUCCCUCCAGCGCAGUAACGGAAUCAGAAUAUAUAGUUAGAUGAAAGUAAAAAUCUUUAUUGCUAAGUCAGCUGAAAAGUUGAUGCAAAAAUAUUCUUCCUUCCUGGACUGCUCUAUACAUCUGAAUAAAGAAUCAAUGGAAUAGUGUUUUC